UCGCGAUGCAGUAUUGACACGGCGUGAUGAUGAGGCUCGAAGCAUCGGACAAGCAGCAUCGGUACCACAAUUUGCUGGACGAUGAUCAUGCUAAUGAAAUGCUAGAGAGCGAAGGUGCGGGCCUGGCGGCGCGGGUGGCGGAGCUCGAAGUGAAGUGCUCCAGACAGGCCGAAGAAUUACUCUGCUUGCGAUCUACUCUAGCAGACGCCUUACGAAGACUCAACGCUCUUGAAGGACGCGCGCCUGCCACGUCCAGCGCUCAGAGGAACGGGGGAACAACUUAUACAGAACGCACAACAGGGACGCCUACUCGAGAAUUAAGAAUCAGACAACCUUCCUACAGAGAGAGCGUCAAACGCACCUCCAGUUACGGGUCAACAGCUUCAUCCCUAUCACAGAGACGCGGUCCACAGCAUCAAUCAACGGGUUCACUACAAUCAGACUCGCCUGCAUCAUCUUCAUCUCUCUCGCCCGCACCCUCCCCCUCCCCCCGCGCAACUCCCGCGCCCCUCACACCGCACCCCGUGCAACCCUACAGAUCGCGCAAUAACUCGUCAUCCGGCAACCAGAGUCCGUCGCCGGCCACCAACAACCUGACCAAACGGUGGAAUUCUACUGGAGAUUUCAACUCACAGGGCUUAUUACCCAGUACGAGGUUUACAACAACAAAAUCGUUGCUAAAUUUGUAUUCUAAGCCGUCGCAAAAUGGUCCCAUACUGAAACACGGCACUCACACCUGUCAAUACAAUGAAGAGGAUGGCUCCGUCAGGAUGUUCAUAAGGGGCCGUCCAGUGAUACUGUACGCGCCGAGUGACCAUGAUAACUUGGACCUUUCGAAGGUCGCGCCACCGCCGCAGAACAAGCUCAAGUUAGAAUGGGUAUAUGGAUAUAGAGGCAAAGACUGUCGCAGCAAUUUAUAUCUCCUACCGACGGGUGAGAUAGUGUACUUCGUGGCGGCAGUGGUUGUACUGUUCAACGUCGACGAGCAGUGCCAGCGGCACUACACCGGACACACGGACGAUGUCAAGUGUAUCGCGGUACAUCCAAACAAGCUGGUGAUAGCUAGCGGCCAGUGCGCUGGACACGAUCGAGUGGACGCUAGACCUCACGUCCGAGUAUGGAACUCUGUAUCUCUGGCCACUUUGGCUGUGAUCGGAGCCGGUCACAUAGAGCGUGCGGUGGCCUGCAUAACCUUCUCAAGAGCUGAUGGGGGUGCUUUACUCGCCUGUGUAGACGAUGGGCCCGACCACACCAUCUCCGUUUGGGAGUGGCAGAGGUCCGAUAAAGGACACUGUUUGGCUGAAACUAAGUGUUCAGUGGACACAGUGGUGGCAGCGGAAUUCCACCCAUUAGAUAGGAACCAAAUCGUGACCUGUGGCAAAGGUCACAUCGCGUUCUGGACACUGGACGCGUCUAACGUCCUGUAUAAGAGGAUGGGCAUCUUCGAAACUCGAGACAAGCCGAAGUAUGUCACUUGUCUUGGAUUCAAUCAUAAUGGUGAUGUAAUCUCGGGUGAUUCAAAUGGAAAUCUCAUAGUUUGGGGAAGGGGGACGAACACUAUACAAAAGUUAGUCCGAGGGGUGCAUGAGGGUGCAGUUUUUUCUAUAUGCAGCUUGAAGGACGGGGGGGUCGUGUCCGGGGGAGGCAAGGAUGGGAGACUGGUGCUGUUUGACGCUGAUCUGAAUGCUAGUGGAACUGAGAAUGUGAUCGAGGGUCACUACGGCGGUGUUCGCGUCGUAGCAGAAGGUCGAGGUAAUCAGUUGUUCGUGGGCACCACGAAGAACUGUAUCCUACACGGUGACUUGCAGCUGGGAUUCGUGCCUGCUGUUUUAGGUCACGUGGAUGAAGUAUGGGGUCUCGCGUGCCAUCCCACGCUACCCCAGUUUGCUUCUGCAGGCUGGGACUGCCUUCUCCAGCUGUGGGACGCGCUCAGCCACUCGACCGUGUGGAGCAAGGACAUCGAGGAACGUGCGCAGUGCGUGGCGUGGUCUGGAGACGGGGGCGCGCUGGCGGUGGGCUGCGCGUCGGGGCGCUGGCUCGUGUUCCAGCCGGACAGCAGGGAGCUGCUGGCGCGGCACCAGGACGGCACGGAACCGAUUCAAACAAUCCAGUACUCGCCCAACAACCAAUACGUGGCGAUCGGCUCCCGCGACAACUUCAUAUACAUUUACCAGGUGGACGACGAGGGCGCGAGGUAUUCUAGACUUGGGAAGUGCCUUGGUCAUUCAAGCUUUAUCACCCACCUGGAUUGGUCGGAAGACAGCCAAUACAUAAGAAGCAAUUCAGGGGAUUAUGAAUUACUAUUCUGGAACGCUACAACGUGCCGCCAGGUGACGUCGGGUGCGUCACUGCGGGACGUCCGCUGGGCGACCGCGCACUGCCCCAUCUCCUUCCAUAGCGUGGGCGUGUGGCCGGAGGGCGCCGACGGCACCGACAUCAACUCCUGCGCGCGAACACACGACGGUCGACUCGCAGCCACAGGAGACGACUUCGGCAAAGUGAAACUGUACGCGUAUCCCGUCACACAGCCAAAAUCGCUGAGCGCGGCGCACGGCGGCCACUCGGCGCACGUGACGGCGGUGCGCUUCCUGCCGGACGACACGCGCCUGCUGUCCGCCGGCGGCCGCGACGCCGCGCUGCUGCAGUGGCUCGUCGACUAGGCCUGCGCGGCUCAUCGACUGCGGAGUGGAUCGUCGACUGUGACAAAGUGGAUCAUCAACUGUGACAAAGUGGAUCAUCAAGUGUGACAAAGUGGAUCAUCAACUGUGACAAAGUGGAUCAUCGACUGUAACAAAGUGGAUCAUCGACUGUAACAAAGUGGAUCAUCGACUGUGACAAAGUGGAUCAUCGACUACGACGUGGUGGAUUAUCGACUGCGACAAAGUGGAUCAUCGACUGCGACUUGAUGGAUCAUCGACUGCGACGUGGUUGAUCAUCGACUGCGACGUAGUAGAUCAUCGACUGCGACGUGGUGGAUCAUCGACUGCGACGUAGUGGACCAUCGAUAACACUGGAGUAGAUCAUCGGCUACAUCAUAAUGAAUUGUCAACUACAUAGUAAUGGAUCCCUAAACUAGAAUACAAUGGAUCAUCAUGUUUACUAUGUUAUGUAAUUAACUAAAUGAAGCAAACCAAUAAAGACAGCUUGUAAUGUCAUAAAAUACAUCUUGAUGUGUUGUCCACUGCGUCACACUGUAGACGAUUUCACAGCGGUGAGCCGUAUACAGCAUGAUCAUAUACAAGAAUGACGAGAUGAAAUCUACAUUUAAAUGAAAGAAAUCGGCGUUGAACUAUUUGAUUUAAAAAAGGCAUUAGUUUAGCCGUUGUAUCCAAAUGGUUACUACUAUACUCGAGUUAAAGGUAAUAGCUACAAUUUCUUAAUUAGACAAAUGUACUGGCAAUAAAAUAAAAAUCUAAAACGCUAUAAUAAAUUAUAACCAGGCUUUAAUACAUUCCUUGUUUUAAUAUAAAACGGCCAGUAACGCACUUAAAGAGUUUGAUGUUUCAUGUUUGACGGCUUUUUAUAAUAAACACAGGAGCUUCUCAGCUAGAUCUAAUGUGAUUUUUAUGGAGCUUAAUGCUAAUUUAAUGUGCACUGCGAUUCAAUUGCAUAAAAUUAGGUCUAAUUAUGUUUAUAUAUCUGAAUAGAUCUUAACGUUUAUUAUAUAAUGUAAGUUUUUUUUAAGAUUUUAGUUGUAGCCUUAUUUUAUAUCAUUAAAUUACAUUUAUGUACAAGAAUAUGUACAAAGUUAAAUUUAGUUCAGUACAAAUAUCAUUUAACUUUUUGGUCAGUACGGUAACGAUAAUUUAUUACUUUUUAAUUGAAUUUUCAAUAAACAUAUAGGGGAUGGGUGUUCAUCGAAUCAUAUAAUAAUUGAAUAUAUUGAAAAAAAUAUUUUAAAAAAUAUAUAAGAAAGAAAAUUUGGUGCUUAACCCGUAUUGUCUAAAAAUAUAUUGUGUAUUUUUUUAAUCAUCUAAUAAGUUUUAUUUGUAUAACGUAUGUUUUGUUUGUAGUGCGGUUGUGAUAGGUCUGAUUGUGUGCGUUGUCUGCAUUCCGUCGAAUUAUUCGCUUGAAAAUAUCUUUUAAGUAUUAUUUAUAAUAAAACACGAGUAAUAUUUUAGUAUUUUUUACACUUGUAACACUGUGAAUAAUGUUUAGAUUUUUACGCAUACUUUAUUAUCUAUAAGAAUGUUUGUGGCACUUUUUAAAUGUAUUAUUUAUAACGCCGUAAUUAAUAUUGUGUAGUUUUUUUUUUUUUAAUUUUAAGUUCGCAUAACUGAUUUAAUAGUUUUAAAUAUAAGUACAAAUGUUGCUUAACAUUUAAAAAUGAUUGGAAUUCUAUAAAAUUUAUGUUAUAUUAAAAUCGCACAAUACUUCAUUCGGAAUAUGAUUUUCACUUUUUUUUAUAUAAAUUAACAUUUCUUAUUUUCAUUUUCAUUAGUAACCUAGUCACUGAGUACAUUUUCAUUUCGGAUUCCAUUGUAGUUAAGCACUAAUAAUUAUGUAGUCUUUUGUUGUAUAUACUAUUAAUGUACGGCGGCCUUGUCCGCCUUUUGAAUGUGCCUCUAAUAAAAACGAUGUUUACUGAA